GUAGCGCAUGCCGGGAAAUGAAGACGUGGCGGCCAUUUUGUGCCUACGAGCCUUAGUCUUAUUUGGAAUGUUCUUGUAAAGAGUUUUGGUAUCAUCUUUAAAUGUUUUUAUAGUUUAUUAUCAUAUCCACGAAAUAAUGAAGUUGAUUUGGUUCGUGAAUUUUAUGUUCAUUUUGUACUGUGUGAAAGGCGACGAGCAAAAUCAUAAAUAUGAAGACAAAGAAGAAGUUCUUUUAUGGAUGAAUACUGUGGGACCUUACCAUAAUCGUCAAGAAACCUAUAAAUAUUUCUCAUUACCAUUUUGCCAUGGUCAAAAAGCAGAAAUUAGUCAUUACCAUGAAAGUCUUGCUGAUGCAAUCCAAGGUGUUGAACUGGAGUAUAGUGGCAUUGAUAUUGAUUUUACAGUGGACAUGCCAAGGUCAAAGGUUUGUGAAAUGGAUGUGAAUGAAGAGAUUUUUCAAAGUUUGAAAUAUGCAGUCGAUAAUCAUUAUUGGUAUCAAAUGUAUAUUGAUGACUUACCAAUAUGGGGAAUUAUUGGAGAAAUUGAUAAUGCUAAAGAUUAUUACAUUUGGACACAUAAAAAGUUUGACAUUGGUUACAAUUUCAAUCAGAUUGUUGAUGUAAAUUUAACAAGUGAGUCAAAAACUAAGCUCUCUGUUGGAAGUAAACUCUCAUUUACCUAUGAGGUGAAAUGGAAGCCAUCCACAGUAAAAUUUUCUAACAGAUACGAAAAAUACCUUGAUCCAAAUUUUUUUCAACACAGAAUUCAUUGGUUUUCCAUCUUUAACUCAUUUAUGAUGGUCAUUUUCUUGGUGGGUUUAGUCAGUAUGAUUUUGAUGCGUACCUUGAGGAAAGAUUAUGCACGAUACAGUAAAGAAGAUGAAUUGGAUGAUAUGGAACGUGAUUUGGGUGACGAAUACGGCUGGAAGCAAGUUCAUGGCGAUGUAUUCCGCGGAGCAUCAUAUCCCAUGUUUUUUUCUUCUCUGAUUGGCACGGGAUAUCAUUUGACUUUUGUUGGAUUUUUGGUCAUCGUUUCAACUAUUAUUGGCGAUCUUUACACAGAACGUGGAUCAAUAUUGACAACUUGUAUAUUUGUGUAUGCCGCAACGGCACCUGUUAAUGGAUAUUUUGGUGGCUCGUUGUACUCAAGGCAAAGUGGCAAAGGAUGGAUCCGACAAAUGAUUUUUAGUACGGCGAUGUUUCCAAUGAUGGUGUGUGGAACUGUAUUUUUGAUCAAUUUUGUCGCCAUUUAUUAUCGGGCUUCCAGAGCAAUUCCAUUCACAUCAAUGCUUUCCGUGGCGGCAAUAUGUAUAUUUGUUAUAUUACCGUUGAAUCUCAUUGGAACUGUCCUGGGUCGCAAUAUUUCUGGUAAUCCCGAUUAUCCAUGCAGAGUCAACACCGUACCAAGACCAAUUCCCGAAAAAAAAUGGUUUAUGGAACCAAUAAUGAUUAUUAUACUUGGUGGAAUAUUGCCAUUUGGAUCGAUCUUCAUUGAAAUGUACUUUAUCUUUACUUCGUUCUGGGCGUACAAGGUCUAUUUUGUGUUUGGUUUCAUGUUUUUGGUGUUCUUCAUCUUGAUCGUCGUAACGAUGUGUGUGACCAUUGUUUGCACAUAUUUUUUGCUGAAUGCAGAAGACUAUCGCUGGCAGUGGACAUCUUUUCUGUCAGCUGGUUCAACUGCAGUAUAUGUAUAUUUAUACUCCUUCUAUUAUUUCUUCUUCAAAACAAAAAUGUACGGGUUCUUCCAAACUACUUUUUACUUUGGAUACAUGGCUCUCUUUAGCGUUAGCCUUGGCAUUAUGUGCGGAACCCUUGGAUACAUUGGAGCAAGUCUGUUUGUUAAGAAAAUCUACUCUACUGUGAAAAUUGAUUGAACUAGAGCUUGGAAAUGAAAAUGAACGUACACCUUGAUGUCAAUUGCUUCCUGUUCGUCAUAUUCAUGAUACUGAACGUUGAAUUAUGAUUAAAACGUUGUAUUUUGACAUAUAUACGUUGUAAUUAACGUUCUUUUUCAAUUUUAAAUCUAUGUCGUAUGUUAAACAAGUGCAAACUCGCAUAUUGUACAAAGUAGUUUCCUACAAAUAGGAUGUACGUAGUGGAGUUUACUUUUUUUCUUGAAAACUCAGUGAGUACUUUCGAACUCUA